AUGAUCGCGUCUAUAGGCGAGGCCCAUCCAUCCAGCGGUCGGGUCCACAUUUCUGCUGAUGCCUGCCCUGCCGUGAAUAAUUGCACUCGCUUCCCCUUGCUGCCCGUCACCACUGCCGACGCCUGCCUCCUCCUCCUCCAUCUCCCAUUCCCACCUUCCCGUCCCCCAGCACCGGCGGGACAUUCCUCCCGAACCGUCGCCAUGGCAACCGCCGUUCCACCGAUCAUCUCCCCGAAGGAAGAUCUCCCCCCUCCACUGACCUCCGCCUCCGAGCCCCCUCCGCUCUUCGACGGCACCACCAGGCUGUAUCUUGCAUAUCACUGCCCGUACGCGCAGCGCGCUUGGAUUACCAGGAACUGCAAGGGUUUACAACACGAGAUCAAGGUAGUUGCCAUAGAUCUGGCAGACAGGCCAGCUUGGUACAAGGAGAAAGUUUACCCGGAGAACAAGGUGCCUGCCCUGGAGCAUAACAACCAGGUGAAAGGAGAGAGCUUGGAUUUGGUCAAAUACAUUGACAGCAAUUUUGAUGGCCCAGCAUUGCUGCCUGAUGAUUCUGCAAAAAAGCAGUUUGCUGAGGAACUGCUUGCGUUCAGCGAUGGGUUUAAUAGUGCAUUUUUCUCAUGCUUACGCUCCAAGGGAGAUGUGUCAGAUGAAGCCGCUGCUGCUGUGGAUAAAAUAGAAGCUGCCUUGGGAAAGUUCAGCGACGGCCCAUUCUUCCUUGGCCAGUUCAGUUUGGUGGACGUUGCAUAUGUGCCAUUCAUUGAAAGGUUUCAAAUAUUCUAUUCUGGUAUCAAGAAGGAUGAUCUCGCCAAGGGCAGGCCCAACCUGCACAAAUUCAUUGAGGAAGUGAACAAGGUCGACGCAUAUACACAGACAAAACUGGACCCGCAGUUUCUGCUUGAUCAAAUGAAGGAGAAGUUUGGCAUUGCUUGA